GAGACGAGCGACCUCCCGCUCAGAUCCAGGUAUUCCCCCGCACGUCUCCUAUACCACCCUCAGCGACAGCAAACAAGUAGACAGCUAUGGCCACGAAGGCGCUUAAGCAACUCACACGGGAGGAGGUCGCUCAGCACAACAAGCCAGACGACUUGUGGAUUGUAAUAGACGCGAAAGUGUACGACGUAUCCAAGUUCAAGAACUUACACCCUGGCGGAGCCAACGUAUUCCUUGCAGAAGAGAUUCCUGGUCAGGAUGCUACAGAAGCGUUCUACGGCCUGCACCGCCAUGAGGUCCUCCUAAGGCCUCAGUAUGCACGGUUGCAGAUUGGCACGAUUGGCGGCGAGGAGAGUCACAUUGUCAGCAACGUCUCAGGUCAAUUGAGCGAGGUUCCGUAUGCCGAGCCAACGUGGUUGUCGAAGGGAUAUCACACCCCAUACUACAAAGAGACCCACCACCGGUUCCAGAAGGCGAUGAGGAAGUUUACUGAUGAGGAGAUCACCCCUGAGGCGACGGCACGAGAAGAGGACGGUAAACGACCCAGUCCUAGUUUAGUCAAGAAGAUGGGGGAUAACGGUCUGAAUGCAAUGCGUCUUGGCCCUGGAAAGCACCUCAAAGGCCUAACGCUAUUGGGAGGCGCAGUCACCCCGGAAGAGUACGAUUAUUUCCAUGAGCUCAUACUCAACCAAGAAGCUGUCCGCGCCGGUAUGCGCGGCUUCCAAGAUGGGUUUAAUGGCGGAAUGGUCAUCGGCUUGCCGCCCGUGAUGCAUUUUGCGAAGCCCGAGCUGCGCGAUCGUGUCAUGAAGGAGGUUCUUUCCGGCGAGAAGUACAUCAGCUUGGCGAUCACCGAGGCGUUCGCAGGCUCGGAUGUCGCGGGCUUGAAGACGACCGCUCGCAAGACCGAGGAUGGCAAGUUCUGGAUCGUCAAUGGUACCAAAAAGUGGAUCACGAACGGGGCGUUCUCCGAUUACUUCACCGUCGGAUGUAACACCGGGAAAGGAUUGACUGCAAUCCUUGUGGAACGUGGUGACGGCGUUGAGACAAAGCCGAUCAAGACUUCAUAUUCAUCAACAGCCGGGACCGCGUAUAUCACCUUUGACGAUGUCAAAGUUCCCGUCGAGAACACCCUCGGACCCGUUAAUGGCGGUGUCUUCGUCAUCCUCAGCAACUUCAACCACGAGCGAUGGGUUAUGGCUUGCGCGUCCAUCAGGGCACAACGGACUAUCGUCGAGGAAUGCAUGAAGUGGGUCAACCAGCGGAAAGCGUUUGGCAAGCCGCUCAGCUCGCAAGCCGUCAUCCGCUCGAAGCUCGCUGAGAUGAUCGCUCGCGUCGAGAGCUUGCAGGCUUGGCUAGAGAACAUCACGUACCAGAUGAACAACAUGUCGUACAAGGAGCAAGCUGCCCUACUUGCGGGCCCUAUUGGUCUAUUGAAGAUGGCUGCGACGCGCGCUGCGCAAGAUACUGCCCGUGACGCAGUGCAGAUCUUUGGUGGCCGUGGUAUCACGAAGACGGGCAUGGGUCGUUUGAUUGAGCACUAUCACAGAACCGUGCCGUUCGACGCGCUCCUCGGAGGAGCGGAGGAUGUCCUGGGCGACCUCGGUGUUCGCCAGGCGAUCAAGAACAUGCCGAAGGGAGCAAGGCUAUAGCCGCCGUUUGUUGCAGCGGCGGAGGACGCAUUCGGGUUGUGAGCCGCCAUCAUAAUGUUAUUCGUUCCUUGCAGUAUUGGAUGUACAGUACCCUCGUGGCAUUUGGAUAUCAGCCUUCUAUUCUCAA